AUGACGACUGCAGCGAGACCAACUUUUGACCCUGCCCGUGGUUAUGAUAGUAAAGCUCCAUCUUUACAGUAUAGCUCUCGGGAUCUUGCAGCACAUACAAAACUCAAAUACAGACAACCGGGACAACUCACACAAGAAGAACUUGAAAAUAUCGACCUUAGAGAAGAACUCCUGAAAGCUGAGAGAGAACACUUUGAUAAAAAGAAUGGGGCUUUUAUUUCUACAGAAGAUCAGCAUACCGAAGAUCGGCGCCGUUUGCUGCUAGAGGCAUCAGCUCUAGACAAGGACGACAGUGACGACGAUAGUGAAGAAGAUAGUGAAAGUGAGGAAGAGGAGGAAGACGACGAUACGGCUGCAUUAAUAGCUGAGUUAGAAAAAAUUAAAAGGGAACGAGCUGAAGAAAAGGAACGACAGGAAAUGGCAAAAUUAGAAGAAGAAGAACUACAAAAACAAGAGGUGGCAUUGACUGGAAAUCCAAUAUUAAACAAGGAUUUCAGUGUAAAACGAAGAUGGGAUGAUGAUGUAAUAUUUAAGAAUCAAGCUCGAGGUGUUGAUGAUAAGCCCAAAAAACGAUUUAUCAAUGAUACUCUCCGUAGCGAUUUUCAUCGCAAAUUCAUGAAUAAAUAUGUGAAGUGA